UUAAGGCGAGCUGAUAGAUAUAGAUUACCUGUUGGCUCAGUCCAAUUACAGGAAUGAUCCGGAUUUGGGGGGAGAUCCGGAUCUUCCUGACGGCGUCCAGCUGGAGGAGGAGGAGAAGGUGGAGGACGAGGGUGAGGACGAGGGGGAGGACGAGGACGAGGAAGAGGAGAGCCACGCACUCAAUGAGGGCUUUGGGGAGGAGCUGCUCUUCAGUGUCGAGUCUCUCCUCUCCUCUGAAAGAGAGGCCCAACCAGGCCAGCGGGACCCUGACCCUGACCAUGGAGAGCCAGGCUCUGCUGACAGGAGCUGGCCGGGGCCUGAAGGAGCUGAGGAGGGGUACCAACGUGUGGUAGCGCUGGCCGACAGCCUGGUGGAGCUGCGCCACCACGCGUUUGUCCCCCACGCCAUGGGACAGGAGGUUGUGGCCCUGUGGGACAGGAUUCCUGCACGGGACAAGGACAGCCUGGACUUCCCCGCUCGGUACAGGGAUGACGUAUCGAAGGGAAGGUACAGGAAAACGAGCACCUGUGUUGAAGUCAACACCCUGAUGCGGGCUGCGUACAGGCACAGCGGCACCCCCGGCCAGAAUCCCUGCAUCAGCAGGGUGGUGGAGGCCAUCUGCAUCAGGCUGUGCAGGGAACAUCCGGAAGGCCGAACCGUCUGUGGAAGGAAGUACAAUCGUUGGACAGCCAUCCUGACUGAUUACAGUUUGAUCAGGGAAAAUAUAAUCACCAGUAAUGUAAUAAUGUCCAAAACGAGGCUUCAGCUCUUCACCAUAAACCUGAGGACCCUGACUCAGUGGUACAGUCAAAGAGGGAAGGCCAUGGAGCUGAGGAUGCUGCAGCAGGCCAUUCCCUCCGCCAUUGUGCCCAUGGUGGCCUCAACCCCGUUGCCCCAGGCCAGGCAGCUGCUGGAGGCUCCGCAGAAGCCUGCCGACCCCCUUGCCUCCAGCAGCAGCAGUCAGCCACCACCUCCACCCUUUAUUCAACCCCAAUCCCCAGGUGUGUCUGCUCUAAGACUGCUUCCCCUUGUUUAUUUCAUCUGGGCACCACCCCCCUCACCCCAGCCUGUUUCUGCCCAGCUACAACACACACCUCUGCCCCAACACACACCUCCACCUGCAGCCCAAAACUUCCGCUUUAUAAUGCCCGCCCCUCUGCCCACUCCCUCAUCCCAGCCUGCAUCUCUUCCUGUCUCCAUUCCUCCCUCCACAGCCAGGAGACAGAGAAAGAUGGAGAGGGAGAGGAGCGAGGCUGAGAAGCAGCAGCCCCUGGGGCCUCCUCCCAAGCAGAGGGCCACUUUCUCUGCGGCCUCCCCCGGACCGUUCAGUACGGCCACCGCCGCAGAGGGGACAAGACCUUGA